GAAAUGUUGUCAAUGUCUUUGGAAAUUUUGACAAUGAAAACAGGUGUAUUGCUGAUAAUUCUCAAAGUCUCGUGGUUGUGAACCCUGAUGUACUUAUAUCUGCAACUUCUGUCGCUGAUUCCUUUAUAUGUAUGAGGAAAAAUAUCUUAAGUGAACGAUUUAAUGGAAUUUUUUGCUUAAAUUCAUCGACGGCAUAUGGAAGUUUAUUUCAUGAGUUAAUUCAAUCGUGCCUUAUCCAAAAUAAUUUUACCUGUCAAUUUAUGGAAUCAGAGAUAUCAAAGAUAGUGAAAGGAUCUAUCGAAAGACUUUAUUCUGCGGAUUUGAAUGAAAAUGCUGUAAUUAGUGAGCUCAUGAACGCUAUUCCAACGAUCCGUGCGUGGGCAGAUAAAUUCGUUGGUGAAAUACCAAACCCAAUAGAAGAGCAUCUUUCUACCAGCAAAACAAAACUUUCCAUAUCCAUCUGCAACGUUUUGAGCGUUGAAGAGCAUAUUUGUUCUACAAAAUAUGGCCUUAAAGGAAAAAUUGAUGCUUCUAUCGAGGCUAAGGUAUCACAGAAUGGUGUAUUAAAAAGAGUAAUAAUGCCCCUCGAAUUGAAAACAUCUAGGAAUAUAUCACCAUCUCAUUAUGCGCAGACAAUCUUCUAUUGUCUUCUUAUGAGUGAUAAUUACGAUAUUGAUGUAGGAUCUGGACUAUUAUAUUAUUUAAAAAUACAAAGUGAUGAAUCAGGGAAGAUGUUAAAUGUACCUGCUGUUCCUCAUGAAUUGCGAAGUCUAAUUAUUCAACGGAAUCAAUUGGCGUGGUAUACCUUAGACGAUCAACGAUCAAUAUUACCACCAAUGCUUAAGAACGAAUUCCAAUGUAAAAAUUGUAGUUUUAAUGCGUCAUGCUUUCUAUAUCACAAAGCUAUCGAAAAUGGCACAAGCGAAUCUAGUGGCGUAGUUGAAAUAUUCAAUAAUAAGGUUGCACAUUUAAAAGACCAUCACCUUGAUUUUUUUCGCAAGUGGGAUGAACUCAUUACACUGGAAGAAGAAGAUAUGUAUCGGUUUCAGCCAGAAAUUUGGAAUAUGCUUGCCUCAAACUGUGAUGAUGACCAAUGCCUUAACAAUAUGUGUUUGGACUCAGAAACCAUCGAAGCUAUUCCAAAUGGUGAAGGAUAUCGCCAAUUUAGAUGCAAAUUCAUACGUAAAAUUGGAAAAGCAAAUUUUGUGUUCGAUACUCAAUUUUGCAUAGGCGACCAUGUCAUUGUAUCGUCUGAAUUAGACCAUCGUACAGUCGCUAGCGGCUUCGUCGAGGACAUUGCGUCAAAUUUUGUUUGGCUCACUUUGGAUAGAAUACCUCGUGGUGAUUCCAAAUGUAAUACCGACUUUGAUAUUGAAUCCUGUCAUAGUUUCUUGUGUGCAUCGGAAGAUACUGCACGCUCUAAUUUAAGAUCUGAUAUUAUGGAUACAUUUUAUCGGAUUGACAAAGAUGAGUUGACUUCUAGCAUGAGACUUAUUAGACAAAAUCUUGUAAGCCUUCUUGUAGAUGAAGAGACCUCAAAACUUAGAAGACUGAUCGUGGAUCUCGAACCACCUUGCUUUAAUAAAUCUACCGACACAAUGCCUAGUAUUGUUGAUACGAAAAGUCUGAAUGAUGAUCAAAUUAAGGCUAUUAAAUUGGCUUUAGAUGGUUGGUCAUUUGUUGGAUAUACAUGUACAGUCAACUCUUUCUAUAUCGAACCUUGGGGCUUAUUAAGAAAAAGUUCAGAACGUGCAUUUAGAAUGCCUGGAACUGGUAAAUCAACCACGAUAGUGCAAAUCAUAAAAGCACUUGUAAGCAGUGGAAAAUCGGUUUUAUUGGCUGCUUAUACGCAUUCGGCCGUAGACAAUAUUCUUUCCAAAUUACUUAACGAGGAAAUCGACAUGCUGAGACUUGGUUCCAAAGCAAAAGUUCGUUCAGAAAUCGAGCCUUAUUUGUUAAACAUUAACCAAUACGACAAUGUUGACAUGUUCAGAACAUUUAUUGAAUCAAAACAAGUGAUUGCUACUACAUGUCUUGAUGAGGCAACGCAAGUGACACUUCCUAUAUGUGUGGGACCGCUUCGCUUUGCAGAUCGAUUUCUUUUGGUUGGUGAUGAUUUUCAAUUGCCACCAUUGGUACGGAAUCAUGAAGCCAUUGAAAAGGGAAUGGGAAAAAGUCUAUUUACAACGUUGACUGGAAAGCAUCCACGAGCAGUCACAAGGCUUCGAUAUCAAUAUCGGCCAGAAAGUUUUUUGAAAAUCCCAGGAUGGAAUAAUAAUUUUUUGUCACAGUUUCACAAAGAAAAUGACAAUCGUUGUAAAGAGGAAUGUUGGCUUCAGACCGUUCUUGAUCCAUGGAAACCAGUUGUAAUGGUCGAUACCGAUAAUCUUGAGGCAAGAGAAUCCAGAGGACUGAAUCAAAAUAAUGUGGAAGCUUUACUUAUUGAGCAAUGCGUUAAAGCUAUGCUGAUAGGCGGCGUACCUCAGACUGACAUUGGCGUCAUUACACCUUUUCGGCAUCAGAUUAAACUUCUGUCACAGAAGUUUAAAGAUUUUUCGAAAAUUGAAAUUAGCACAGUUGAUAGAUUUCAGGGCAGAGAAAAAAAAGUCAUUGUCGUGUCUCUGGUGAAAGCGAACGUUGAUUAUAGGGUUGGUGAUAUUCUAAAAGACUAUCGCAGAUUAAACGUGGCAAUUACUCGUGCCCAAUCCAAAUUAAUUAUUUUCGGUAGCAAGUCAACGGUCUCCGCAUCGGAAAUAAUGCGUAAUAUUAUAGAACAUAUACAAAAUGCACAUUCG